AUGGAUGAGAAAGGCUGUAUGGAGUGGUCCCAUCCUGUGGUGACAUAUGCCCCCCCGAAAGGCGGAGCAACGAAGCGCCGAUUCCGCCCGUCUAAAGAGCCGGAAGCGCCCCUGGACUCCUCUUUGCUCGACUCUUCCGCCUCGGAUGCCAAUUCUCAGGGCGACCCGCUUCAGCUGCCCGAGAGUAAAGCUCCCCCCGGCAGAACUGAGCAGCCCUGCCUGUCGAGCUUGGACUCGGCCUCCGCUUUGCAGCCCGAAAACAGCGAACCCCAAGAGCCUCCUUUCCCCCUGGACAGCGUUAGCGGCGGCCACGGAGCUCGAGGCUUGGCCUUGCAGGCGGACAUCAUGCUCAACAUAUUCCGAUCCGUCCCCACGCAGAUGGACUACAAAGGCCAAAAACUAGCAGAGCAAAUUUUUCAAGGAAUCAUUCUUUUCUCUGCUGUAAUUGGCUUUGUUUAUGGGUACAUCACUGAACAAUUUGGCUGGACAGUUUACAUUGUAAUGGCUGGAUUUGCUUUAUCGUGCCUGCUCACACUCCCUCCAUGGCCCAUUUACCGUCGCAAUCCUCUGAAAUGGCUACCUGUCCAGGAAUCGGCAACAGAUGAUAAGAAGCCCACAGACAGAAAAGUAAAAAGGCACCCUAAAAAUUGAAAAACUGUAUCUUGUAUCAUUUUCUGUCAUUAAAUUUGCUUUUAAAAUCCA